AUGUUAUACGUUACAGACGAUCAAAGGAUGCUUAUCAUGAUUUCGGUUGGAUCACUGCUGUUGCUGCUUCCGAUACUCCCGUGUGCAGGUAAGCUGAUUGACAUAUGUAUUGGGGAUUUAUUGAUGUAUAUAGUACUUAUUUUCAUCUAGAAUGAAUUUAAAACUUGCUACUAAGAACUUCACUUAUUGCAAUUGCCGGCAAAUAGUAGUAUCACAUAAUUUAUUAUACUGAAUGAAUUGAAACUCCCCUUGAUUCAUUUACUAAACACACACUUCGUUACUUAACUUCCGCUUUUAUGAUGUAAGACGAAAUCUUGGUUUAUCCCGCUCAUCAAGAGUAAACUGACCAAGUUAAAGCAUGGCUGAUUAUUCUUCCACCUGAGUUUUGGCACCAGUUUGAAGUUAAGAUCUUUACAGUAAAUGCUUGGAUUUAGCAAAAGAGUCGCGCUAUUGAAAUGAUUCAAAUAAUUAGAAUUAUAGGUUUUAUCUCUGGUUUCAACGGAACUUAGGUGAACAAAAAUGUAAUUCAGUUGAUAAAUUAAUAUAAUCAAUGAAACGUCCAGCUGGUCACACUAUUGAGGGCCAGUGCACAGAGAGAUUGAGGAAUUUAGCGACACAGCAAUAGGAGGCUCAUCAAAGGAUAUAUAUUAUACUUUACAUUAUGCGUAUUUUCAGCUCUUCGGAGCUAGUGGAACCCCAAACUACCUUUACUGAAUUUGGUGGAGUAUUAGGAAUUCAAAAGAGGCUCACACUCGAAAGGACUGAUAUGAAGUUAGGUCGGUUUAAUUAGCGAAAGAAUAGAUGAAAUAUAAACAUGUGUAGUCUGUAACUGGACUGAACCUCCUAUUCUGGAGACUAGACCUUGUCUAUUUUAGAGAAAAAAAGAAUUUAAGUUUUGAUGACCUUGCCGGUCCCGUGAGAAAGAUGGCGAUCCCGCAAAACGGCCCGCAAAACAAAUUAACAAAAUUAUACAAUUACGGAUUAUAUAAAAAGCAGAUUAUAGCAACAACAAGGCUCACAAACUUACGAUCAAAUUUGCGAUAUAUAGUGAUAUUUGCUAGCUUCUUAGCUUUUCCUCGACAUCACUCGUGUGAUAUCCCUUGAAAAUUUGCACAAGCGACCCAAGGCUCUGUUACUAUUUGACGUCACACUGGGUGGCGGAGUGGGUAAACAGUUUUUUUUGUGUCUUCGUCUUCCUACCUCCCCCCCUGCUUUGGGUGAAAAUUUGUAGUUUUCUUACAUGGCAUGGGGAGUAAGUCUUUGGCAGUCGAGUCAAGUCAAUUUUUAUUUAAACUCAAACAGAAUAAUAAUAAUUAGUACAAAUUAGUGCUUUACAAUAUAAAAUCGGGAGAUUUGAAGGAAAAGACAUUUUCAAUCGUAGGUUCAUUGUGCAGAGUUCUGGACACCUAAAUAGUUUGUGGAACUAACCGUGUAGGUGACCCAAACAAGAUAAAAAGUGUUUUAGAUAAAAAGUAUUACUUCAUUAAUUAAAUAAUAGUUAAAGAUAAUUUAAUAGUAAAAUAUUAGGAAUCAAUAAUAGCAUUAUAACAAUCAAUCACAGAAUUCUUGAUAUAUUGAAGAAAACUGGAAAACGGCUUGAUUUUCUUAGCAUCAAUAGAUAAAGAAUUCCAAAGUAUUGGACCAGUUUUGGACAAAAUAUUACCUUUACUUCUUGAAGGCUUUAAGAGACUUAUUGAACAUAUUUAGGUCGAUCAUCCUCAGACCACCCUCCUUGGAAUCCCUUAAACGUACUUUUAUUUUGUAACCUUUACCAUCCCGAGGAAAUUCAAAAACAAGUUUAUUGACUUCUCUUUCUACCUCCGCAAAGGUAACGAGCGGUGUUAAGAUGUACAUAAACUGGAAGAUCAGGAGACUUUUACGAUUACAGUGAUGUUAGGUAGAUAGAUGUAGGUGUUAGAUAUUGAUUUUAAUGUUAUUCAACACUAUUUAAGUAAAGGAUUUAGUACCUAUAUUUCACUGUUUGUAAUGUCUUUGGCAGUAAAAAUUAUUUUUUCUUCAGGGCAGCCAUUCUCCGAUUAUUAUGGUGGGAAGACUGUAAAGGGAGCUAUUGGUUCUUCUAUAAAUUUCACAUGGACCAUCCUAAGACCUUUUACCAGGGUCGAGUGGGGAUUAGCAGUCACUCCUUAUGCUUUUGAAACUCCACCUCGAUUGCUAGUGUCUUAUUUUAAAGGCAAUCCACUACUAGUUACACCCCCAGCAGCGUAUACUGGAAGAGUGUCGGGGAAAAAUACUGGAAGUCAGGUCUCAUUCAUCCUUAGAAACUUAAGAACAAGUGAUGAAAGGUUGUAUGGCUGUGAGGUCAGUGACACCAGCAAUGGAGAUGACAUACCAAGUUUUGACUCCGUUACUUUAGUAGUUGAAGGUAGGGGCAACUACUUUGUUGUAAUCUCAUGCCAUCACAUAUAG